UGUAGAGAUGACAUGCUGUAAAAUAACUUCGCAAAUAUAGUCUAGGGGAUUUUUGACUGAUCGCUAAUGUUAAUUAUAUUGCAAAGAUGAGAAUACUGAUCAAUUUAUAUUGCAUGCUUAUUCUCUUAGGAACUGCACCAUGAAAGAUACCGACAAUGGUCUUAGAAUCAAGAAUUGGCGUGGUUCGUCUCCAAGCACGGCUGUGGACAUCACCUAUGAAGAUAUUAUGCUGACAAACGUCAAGAACCCAAUCAUCAUUGACCAAAGCUACGGCUCAAGAGGCGGAGAUUCAAAAGUUGCGAUAAGCAAUGUGCUGUUCAAGAACGUAAGAGGAACAACAAUUACAAAAGACGAAGUUCAGUUCAUGUGCAGCAAAUCAGUACCGUGCAAAGGAGUCAGCGUCGUUGACGUGGAAUUGAACUUCGUAGGUGACAAAGGAGGACAUCCCUCCUCGUCAGGAGGUUUGGUCGGAGCUCUUUGUACCAACGCCAAUGUUAUCUUCGGUGGAAAACUUAGCUUCCCUAUGUGUCCCAAAUAUAUAAGCUUUUUUGGUAUACAUAAGAACAAAUCAAAAGUUUCCACAAACAUUUUUUUGUUUUGUUUGUGAGUUAGUUUAAGUUUAUCAACAAUAAUUGGAAUAUAUGACUUUUUGAUAAUUUUUUCUAUGACUAUAAUU